AUUGAUUUUUAUAGCAAUACACGUAGACAACGUAAGAAUCGAAAAAAUGAGUUACCUGAAAAGCAUCAAGAAUGUAUAUCCAGUGUCCAAAACAGAAAGCUAAGAAAAAUAGCUGCAGAAACUACUGAAGAACCAGUAAUUAUAGCAACAAAUCAAACUGAUGAGAGCAUUACUACGUCUCAAAGUGAAGAAAAUACAGCAACUAUACCUCAAAAUGAUGAUAAUAUUGUAGAAACAAAU